UGACGAAUCUCUGCGAAACAUGGAUGGUGGCGACAUGAGUUUAAUUUGCCGAUUUUGUCAAUUUUUUUAAAAGCUUAUUUGUGUUUUUAAAGAUGCAGCGUGUCAGUAAUUGCGCUAUUGUGAUUUGUGUAUUAUUAAUAAUCGGAUUGACGGAUGAUCGCGGGCGAUUUGCAGCGGCAGAUGAUCAAACACACAGUGGACAUGAUAAAGAAUUAUUAAUAAAAACAGCUGACAGUGAUGUGCAGGAUCAUAAUAAUGCUGAUGGACACUCAGAGCAGCUAAACAGGUUGAAUGACACGGAAAGCUCCAGCAAUGAAACGGUUCAGAGCACCACACCUGUGCCCAAACCCACUACUCCCGCACCUCUUAAAAACGAGCCCAUCCUGCCGGUGCAGACGGGUGUGGAAGCCCAAGAGGAAGAGCAAUCCAGCGGCAUGAGCAUCUUCUUCAGUCUGCUCGUCAUUGGUAUAUGUAUUAUUCUGGUGCACCUGCUGAUCAAGUUCAAGCUGAACUUUUUACCUGAGAGUGUGGCUGUCGUCUCUCUUGGUAUUUUGAUGGGGGCGUUUAUCAAGAUCAUUGAGUCUCAGCAGUUGGCCAACUGGAAGGAAGAGGAGAUGUUUCGGCCCAAUAUGUUCUUCCUGCUGCUUCUACCGCCAAUAAUUUUUGAGUCUGGAUAUUCAUUACACAAGGGUAAUUUCUUCCAGAACAUUGGCUCAAUCACAUUAUUCGCUGUGUUUGGAACAGCAAUCUCGGCCUUCAUCGUGGGUGGAGGAAUCUAUUUUCUGGGCCAGGCUGAUGUAAUUUACAAGAUGACAAUGACGGACAGUUUUGCAUUUGGCUCUCUGAUCUCGGCUGUGGAUCCAGUCGCCACUAUCGCCAUUUUUAACGCUCUGAACGUGGAUCCAGUGCUCAAUAUGCUGGUGUUCGGGGAGAGCAUCCUAAACGACGCCGUCUCCAUUGUCCUAACAAAUACAGCAGAGGGGUUUGCCGGCUCUGAUGUCUCUACAGGCUGGGAGACGUUCCUGCAGGCACUCGGCUACUUCCUCAAGAUGUUCUUUGGCUCGGCUGCUCUGGGCACGCUCACUGGACUCAUCUCUGCUAUUGCACUGAAGCACUUUGACUUGAGAAAGACUCCAUCUCUAGAGUUUGGCAUGAUGAUUAUAUUUGCCUACCUGCCGUACGGCCUCGCUGAGGGCAUCAAACUCUCCGGUAUCAUGGCGAUUCUGUUCUCGGGUAUCGUCAUGUCUCAUUACACUCAUCAUAACUUAUCUCCAGUCACUCAAAUCCUCAUGCAGCAGACGCUUCGAACCGUCGCCUUCAUGUGCGAAACCUGCGUGUUUGCUUUCCUGGGUUUGUCCAUCUUCAGUUUCCCUCAUAAGUUUGAGCUGUCCUUUGUCAUCUGGUGUAUAGUUCUGGUUCUUCUUGGUCGCGCUGUGAAUAUUUUUCCCCUCUCCUUCAUGCUCAACUUCUUCAGAGAUCAUAAAAUCACCCCCAAAAUGAUGUUCAUCAUGUGGUUUAGUGGUUUGCGUGGUGCGAUCCCAUAUGCUCUGAGUCUUCAUUUGGGUCUGGAGCCCAUCGAGAAGCGGCAGCUCAUCGGCACCACCACCAUAGUCAUCGUGCUGUUUACCAUCCUGCUUAUGGGGGGAGGAACCAUGCCACUCAUCCGCAUCAUGGACAUUGAGGAGAGCCAAUCACGACGCAAGAACAAGAAAGACGUCAACCUGAGCAAAACUGAGAAGAUGGGUAACACCAUUGAGUCAGAGCAUUUGUCUGAGCUGACAGAGGAAGAAUAUGAAGCUCAAAUUUUUCAGAGGCAGGAUCUGAAGGGCUUCCUGUGGCUGGAUGCCAAAUAUCUGAACCCUUUCUUUACUCGCAGACUCACACAGGAGGACCUGCGGCAUGGGCGGAUCCAGAUGAAGACUCUCACUAAUAAAUGGUAUGAGGAGGUGCGUCAGGGGCCGUCUGGUUCUGAGGAUGAUGACGAUGAAACAGAACUGCUCUGAGACUCCUGUAAAGGGCUGGACAGAGAGAGAUGUGGCCGAGUCAGAACUCAAAUAAGCCAUUCAAUUAGCAUGUAGCAUAAAAUAUAUGACCCACAAGGUGAUGCAGCCCUUUACUCUCACACAACACUCCACCACUGGAACAAUACACUGUGGUGCUGCUACAUGAAAAGAAGAAGAAAAUGUGGUCAAAGGAUCACUUUGGUGAUGUUUCAGGUUGCACUAUAGGGAAAAAUAGUGAGGAUACAGAAUAAGUAGAAUACUAAAGAGAAUUUGAGGAAAACACGCAAAAAAUAAAUAGCAAUAUUGGACACUUUACUGUAUUUUUUUUUUUAACAAGCUGAAACAUCUGAAAGGAAAAGUUCACUGAAAAUGAAAGCUAUCACAUGAUUUAAAAUGGUAAAAAAUAUUAUUAUAAAGAAUAUUUAAAAAAAAAUAGCAGCAUUAAGGUUUGGAACUAUACGAGGAGUAAAUAAUGACAGCAUUUUCAUUUUGGGAUGAACUAAUUUAACAACUUUUCUAUCUGUCUUUGUUGGGUUUUUUUCAUACAGGGAAAUGACACCAAUGAAUGUUUUUUUUUUUUUUAUGUUUGGCAUUGUUUAACAAAUG